GGGGCGGGAGGCGACCUAGUUAGCGAGCCCGCCCCCUCUCCGCCGGCCGGGCCUCGCCGGGCCUCCCGUCCGGCCGAGCCCGCAAGGGUUAAAGGCGGCGGCAGGUGAGGUGGGCGGGGCCGCGGACUCGGGGAAAAAGGAGCGCAGGGCAGAGGAUGAAGGCAGAGAGCGCGGGUGAGUCACGGGCGGAGCUGGCCUCGCUCGCUCGCUCGCUCCCUGGCUCCCGCCCGCCCUCCGCCCUCCCGCUGGCCCUCCGCCCCUCCUCCGCCUCCCGCUGCCCGCCGCCCGCCGCCGGGUCCGAUCGCGGCCCCCGCUCGUCCUCGGCUCCUGCCCCUCGCCUCCGGAGAGCCCGCCGGCGCGCGGGGCCCAUGAGCGCCCGUGGGUAGCGCGCCAGCCAGCCGUGCCCGGAGCCCGAGCGCAGCCUCCAGGUCCUACCUGAGGUGCCCCUGACCAUCCCUGUUCCCCACCCCACCCCGGAUCCCGGCAAUGCUAACCGCUGUCUGCGGCUCUCUGGGCAGCCAGCACACGGACGCGCCUCACGCCUCCCCGCCGCGCCUCGACCUGCAGCCUCUCCAAACAUACCAGGGCCACACGAGCCCGGAGGCCGGGGACUACCCCUCCCCGCUGCAGCCUGGAGAGCUGCAGAGCCUCCCGCUGGGCCCUGAGGUGGACUUCUCACAGGGCUAUGAGCUGCCGGGGGCCUCCUCUCGGGUAACCUGCGAGGACCUGGAAAGCGACAGUCCCUUGGCCCCGGGACCCUUUUCCAAGCUCCUGCAGCCGGACAUGUCCCACCAUUACGAAUCGUGGUUCCGGCCAACUCACCCAGGCACUGAGGAUGGCUCCUGGUGGGACCUUCAUCCGGGCACCAGCUGGAUGGACCUCCCCCACACUCAGGGCGCGCUCACCUCGCCUGGCCACCCCGGGGCGCUUCAGGCUGGCUUGGGGGGCUACGUCGGAGACCACCAGCUUUGCGCACCGCCUCCCCACCCGCACCCGCACCACCUCCUCCCAGCCGCCGGAGGGCAGCACCUCCUGGGGCCUCCCGACGGGGCCAAGGCCUUGGAAGCGGCCGCCCCGGAGACCCAGGGGUUGGAUUCCAGUCUGGACGGAGCAGCCCGGCCCAAAGGCUCCCGGCGGUCAGUGCCCCGCAGCUCAGGCCAGACCGUGUGCCGCUGCCCCAAUUGCCUGGAGGCGGAGCGACUGGGGGCUCCGUGCGGGCCCGACGGGGGCAAGAAGAAGCAUUUGCACAAUUGCCACAUCCCGGGCUGCGGGAAAGCCUACGCGAAGACGUCGCACCUGAAGGCGCACCUGCGCUGGCACAGCGGCGACCGUCCCUUCGUGUGCAACUGGCUCUUCUGCGGCAAGCGCUUCACGCGCUCCGACGAGCUGCAGCGCCACCUCCAGACCCACACGGGCACCAAGAAGUUCCCCUGUGCCGUCUGCAGCCGCGUCUUCAUGCGCAGCGACCACCUGGCCAAACACAUGAAAACCCACGAGGGCGCCAAGGAGGAGGCUGCCGGGGCGGCCGCGGGCGAGGGCAAGGCCAGCGGAGCGGUGGAGCCCGCCGGGGGCAAAGGCAAGCGGGAGGCCGAGGGCGGCGCGGCUCCCUCCAACUGAGCUCCUCCGGUACCGCCCCCCCCCCCAUUGGUCUCCCCUGGGGGCAUCCGAAGAGCUUUCCUCCUGGCCUGAUGCCUUUGGGGGGCGACUUGAGGAAGAGGAGGAGGUGGUUAUUUAUUGAGGGGGAGGAAAAGUGGUGCCGGGUCGGGGAGACGGGGCGCUAGGUAGGGGUGUUUUGGUCUCGGGGCCGGACGAAAAGUGGCUAGGCUGGGGGGAGCUGCGCAUGCCCCUCUGUCCCCCCCCCCCCCCCCUUCAUCCCUUAUUUUGCUCCUGUCCCCAGGCUCGGGGGUUGGGGUGGGGUACCCCUACCGCGGCUGGAGGGUGGAGGGGACCUGCUGGAAGAGAUGGCGCGUCCCUGGAGCAGAGAGGAGUGGGGCCGCCCCCGGCGCUGAGGGUAGUUGUCUGGACACGUCCUUAGCGCCUGGGAACCGGGACAUAAAAGCGCCUCCGGACCCGCCCUGCGGCCCGGGUCCCUUUCAUCCCGCUUUUUAGUGCUUCUGUCCCUAUGGUUUCCCGAGGGAGAGCUGAGGUGGGGUAGGGGAGGCAGGGGUCCCCCUUAGGGAGCGGUCUCUAUCUGGUUGGGAGGGUUGUUGCUGUAGAAAUAACUCCUUUGAUGUGCCUCCCGGUUAACCCUUCCAAACCCACUCUGAUGGGGCCAUGAAGGAAGAGAGGAAGCGGCCAGAAUCCGGGACAGCCUUGCAGCCAGAGCUGUGGGGUCGAGGGGAGAGCUAGAUUGGGAAGGGGGAGGGCAAAAAAAGUCCCCUUCUAAAAGGAGAGAAAGGGAUUUGGCGGGGCAGUGGAAGGAGCUAACCCCUUCCCUCUCUAACUCGGAUUCAGUCCUUAACUCAUGGUUUUUAUGAAAAAUAAAGUUCAGUAUAGUCCACAUUCCCCAUCUGUUACCUGAUGUAGGUUUUCAAAACAGCCAGAAGCCCCCACCCUAGAAUUGAUGUAGGUCCCUCAUCCCAGGUCACCCAUCAUUUGCUUCUCCCUUAGGGACGAGAGGAAGAGGGUUACUUGGUUGACCAGGGAGUAGGUAAGGUGUCCCAGCACAGGGACCUACAGUGGUCCCCACUUGGAGCGGAGGACUCUGCCUCUGCCCACCUGCUCACUAAGCCCCAGGUCUUUCUUUGCUCUGCCCUUUCCUUUCUCUGCUGCCUGCAAGACUGGCCCCUCCUAUAGAGUGUGUGUUAGAAGGCUCCUUUCUCCCCAUUUUGACUCUGGGCAGGGGGACUCCCUUUGCAUAUGAAGGAGGUGUUCUCCUAGUGGAAGGGGUCUGUCUUCUGAGGUGAUAUCCAGGAAGCUGUUCCUGUCCCCUUCUUUAGAUGCUAGAAAUACAUCCUGAUUGUGAUCCUGGAGUGGGGACUGGGGAGGGGAAAGCCUAGCAGGGGCAGAGCCAGAGUCAGGCAAAGGGAAGGAAGCUGUUGGGGGAAGGAUCUGGAACUAGCGGGCUUUCCCAGGCUAGAGGUAGAGGCCAUAACAUUCCCCCUGACCUCCCCUUCCCCCUUGCCCCUCUUUCUCUACCCAGACCCCUAUGCGAGGAUUAGUUGUGUAUUGAUUUUUAAGUUAUAAGCAAAAGGUAUUUUAUUUAAUAUUAGGGCAUGUGUGUGUGCAUGUUGUUUGUACGUGUGUGUGUGUUUCUCUACUGAGCCUGGGGUCUCCAGCUAGAGAGACCCCACCUUGUUCACCCCGUCCAAGGUCCUAGGACAUAGGCCCACAGCGUCUCUUCCUCCCUUAGGGAUGCUGGAGCCCAGUCCCCAGGACUGGGAGCUAAAUGGGAAGUGGGUCUGGGGUCUGGGUAGGAAUAUGUGUUUGUGUAAAAAAGGGAGCCCUUCUUAAAAGGGACAGGGUGACUCUCCCUGAGAGGCUCAUGGGCCUGGGGUAGUUUAAGAAUAAUGUUCUUUCUUUUUGCUCCCUCUUUUCCCUACCUCUUGCUACCCCAACCAGAGGUCCCUUUCCUUGCUGAGAGGGUUGGGGGCAGGAGAGAUCUGGGAGCGCCUGCAGGCUGCCUGGGCAGGUGGAGAGGGGGAGAGAGGGAGGGCACUGUGGGUGUGGGAUGCCUUUCUCCUCCACCCAUCGAAACCAGCCACCCCCUCCUGGUGCCACCAGGACAGUCUUCCCCAGUGACCAUCCUAUGGGGAACUCCUGAAUGGCUGUUCGAGGUUGUAGGGGGACACCGAUGUUCCCCCUACGGAGGCCUUGAGCUCCAAGGGUGCCGGUGCGGGCUUCGGACAGGUUUUCUUCUGCUCCCCUCCUUCAUAGAUCUAGGUUGCUUGGCUGUCUGCCCCCCUUCUAGGCAGCCCCCUAGAGGAGAAAUGUAGGAUUUUUUUUUCUUUUAACUGCUGUGAACCCACUUUGGGGCCGGGGGGGAGGAGGAGGAAGAAACAGCCUGUGUUUUUUAUGCCAUAAUAAAGUCAUCAACCACA